AUGUAGAAAGCAGAACAAGUUGAAGAUAAUCAACUGCUGACAAAUAAAUCGACUGCAAAACCUAGUUAACAAAUUGAAUCACUUGCGACUUAGAAGAUGGUUCCCUAUAAGGAGCUUUAUAGAUAUGCCACAUCUUCAGACAAAUUUUUAAUUUUGAUUGGCAUCAUAUCAUCAGCGGGUAACGGAGUAACAAUGCCAAUGUUCUCCGUGAUAUUUGGUGAUAUGACUGAUGCAUUCUCUGGGGAUGAUCCAGAUAAAAUGCUUAGAGCUGCAGGAAUAUCCGCAAUGUAUACAUGGAGAAUUAAUAUUUUAUAGAUGGUUCUUAGUCUUAGCUGGCUGUUCUUGGUUGCUUUCUUUCUUAAGUUUCUCAACAUUCAUGAUAUCUGGAGAAAGACAGUGUAUUAGAAUGAGAAAAGAAUAUUUUGGAGCAAUUUUGAAGUAAGAGGUUGGUUGGUUUGAUUCAAUAAAUCCAAAUGAACUUAACACUAAAGUGGCUGACGAAACUUUUGCAGUAGAAGGCGCAAUUUAAGAAAAGGCAGGAACCUUUAUAAUGACAUUCUCCACAUUUAUUUGUGGAUUUAUAAUAGGAUAUUCAUAGUAUAUAUAAAUUUAAAUAAUUAGUGGUUGGUAACUAGCUUUAGUGAUUACAGCGGCAAUGCCAUGUUUGGCCUUCUCGGUGGUUAUAAUGACAGUAGUAGUGAUGAAAUCUGUAAAAUCCACUUAGGAAUGCUACUCAACUGCUGCAGCAGAAUCUGAACAAGCUUUGAAUGCGAUAAAAACAGUGAAAAUGUUGGAUGGAGAAGAUUAUGAAUGCGAGAAAUAUUCGAGACAACUUGUGGUGGCAGCCAGAACUAAUGUUAAAUAUAGUCUAUUCUCAGGAAUGGCUUUAGGAUCUAUAUUUGCAUUUAUGAUUUGGACUUAUGCAUUAGGCUUUUAUUAUGGAGCUAAAUUAUUAUCUGAUUAAGUGACUAAUACCAAUACUGGACUUAUUUACACUGUAGGAGAUGUUAUGACUGUUUUCUUUGCUAUUUUGAUGGGUAGCUUUUCAAUAGGAUAAGCUGGUCCAUGUUAUUAAGCAUUUGCAAAAGGAAAGGUAGCUGGAGCAUAGAUCUUUUUCAUUAUUGAUCGUAUUCCAAAGAUAUAGAAUCCAAUUAAUCCAAAACCAUUAAAGCAUUUCAACGGUGAGAUCAUUAUUGAGGAUGUGGAUUUCUUUUAUCCAGCUAGACCAGAUACUUAAAUUUUAAAUAAAUGUUCUUUAAAAAUACCAAAAGGAAAGAAAGUGGCUCUUGUGGGAGAAAGUGGUUGUGGAAAGUCUACAAUUUUACAAUUAAUAGAACGAUUUUAUGAUGUUAAUGAAGGAAGAGUUUUGAUAGGCGAUGAUAGGAUUGAUGUAAGGGACUUGGACUUAAGAGAUUAUAGAACUUAAAUAGGUUUGGUUGGAUAAGAACCUAUGUUGUUUGCAACCAGUAUUAGAGACAAUCUUUUGUAUGGAAAAACCGAUGCUACUGAGGAGGAAUUAAUUGACUCAUUGAAAAAAGUGAAUGCUUGGGAUUUCGUUAGUAAAAUGGAGAAGGGACUAGAUACUUAUGUAGGAAUGGGAGGAAGUUAAUUAAGUGGUGGUCAAAAACAAAGAAUUGCAAUAGCAAGAGCAAUUCUCAAAAAGCCAAAGGUGUUAUUAUUAGAUGAAGCAACAAGUGCCUUAGAUAGAACAAAUGAAAAGUUGAUCCAAGAGACUCUUGAUGAAGUCUCAUAAGGUAUUACAACCAUUGUAAUUGCUCACAGAUUGAGUACAAUAUAAAAUGCAGAUAUCAUUUAUGUGUUUGCAGGUGGUAAGGUAGUUGAAACUGGCACUCAUUAGGAACUCAUGAAUUUACAUGGUAAAUAUGAAUAAUUGGCAAAAAAUCAAAUUACAUCACAUUAGAAAGAGGAAUAGUAAUAGGCUAAUAAUUUGAACCCAAACUAAAAUAACCACUAAUCGAAGGAUUAAAAUGAUCAAUAGGAUGUAGACGUAGGUUCUGUUUUGUCUGUGAAUUAAUUUGGUUCAGAUUAACCACAUGUCGUUGAAAAGGUCAUUAAGGAAAUCAAGGAUAUUAAAUAGUUGAACAUCCAACUUAAAACCAAAGAUCAAAAUAACUUUUAGGAGAUGAAAACGCAAAGUUCUUAAAAUGAUUCUAAUGAUGCUUAAAUUAUGGGAAGGUUGUUUAGUUAUGGAAAAGAGGAAAGAUGCGUUUUGAUAUUAGGAUUAGUAGCAGCUCUUAUUAAUGGUUGCAUCUUCCCAUGCUUUUCGUUAUUUUUCUCUGAUAUGAUUACAUUGUUGGCUGAAAGUGAUCCCAAUCUCUAUCCUAAUCCUGAAAUUAGGGAUAUAAAGAUGGAAAAAGUAAAGAGUGACUCAGCUGAUAUAGCACUAUGGUUCUUCUUAUUUGGUUUAGGUUUCUUAGUAUUCUAAACAUUGGAGAGCUUCUUUUUAUCAAUUGUUGCAGAGAACCUAACUAUGAAAUUGAGAAAUUUCACGUUCAGGAAAUUACUUAGAAUGCCUAUUGCUUUCUUUGAUAAGCCAGAAAAUAAUGCUGGUACCUUAACUGCUAGAUUAAGUGUAGAUUGUAAAACAGUUUAAAGUUUGACUUCAACAAUUAUUGGAUUCAAACUUUAAAAUGCUUCUGCACUGAUUUGUGGUAUGGCAAUUGCAUUUUCUUCGAGUUGGGCCUUGACUCUCAUAGUGUUGGCUACUGCACCAUUCAGAUGGAUUGGUAUGAAAUUGAGAACAAAAUAUAUGGGAGCUUUGAGUGGUUCCAAUAAAGGAGAUAGUUUCAAGGAUGCUGGAAAUCUAAUUAUGGAGGCAGUCACAAAUAUUAGAACUGUGUUUUCUUUUGGAAAUGAAAAUAUCAUUUUGGAUGUAUUUAUCAAAUCUUAUAAUUUAGGAUUACACAAAAAGAAUCCAAGAACCUUUAGAAUAAUGUACAUCGAAGGGUCUUUAGGCUGGUAGUGCUUUUGGAUUUUCAUAAAUGCAACCAAUGCUCAUCAAUGCACUGGUCUUCUAUUGUGGAGCUCUAUUAGUGAAAUACGAAAAUUUGGAUGUUAAUGAUAUGUUUAGAGCAAUCUUCGGAAUUACAUUUGCUACUAUGGGUGGUGCUAGAGACUCUCAUUUUGUAGGAGAUGUUGAGAAAGGCAGAACAGCUGCUAAAAACAUUUUUGAGAUCUUGGAUUCAGUUGAUGAAUUCUAAAUUGAAGAGUGUAAAUAUUUACAUAUUAUAUUUUUAGAAAAAUAAUUUAAGAAAUUGAAGACUUAAAUUAAAGGACAUAUUGAAUGUAAAAAUUUGUCAUUCAAAUACCCAACCAGAGAGAAGAAUGUUUUUACUAAUUUAAGUUUAACAAUUCCUUCUGGCUAAAAGGUUGCCUUUGUUGGAUCAAGUGGUUGUGGUAAAUCAACCAUUAUGUAAAUGCUCAUGAGAUUCUACGAUCCAGAUUAAGGAAUAAUACUGGUUGAUGGGUAGGAUAUUAGGGAUUACGAUAUAAGACAUUUGAGAAAACAAUUAGCUAUUGUGUCAUAAGAACCAGUUCUAUUUAAUGGAACUAUUAAAGAAAACAUACAGUAUAAUAGUCAAGGUGUCACUAUGGAAUAAAUCGAAUAGGCUGCCAAAAAGGCUAAUGCUUAUGACUUUAUUGUUAAUGAUUAAUUUGAAAAUGCUCCAGACGAGAAACAAUAAGAUUUUGGAAAAGGAUUUCAUAAAAAAGUAGGACCUAAAGGAUCACAAAUAUCAGGAGGAUAAAAACAAAGAAUUGCUAUAGCUAGAGCAGUACUUAGGAAUGCUAGCAUACUUUUACUAGAUGAAGCCACAAGUGCAUUGGAUGCUAAGUCUGAGGAAAUUGUAUAAGAGAGUCUUAAUAACAUAAUGAAGGAUAAUACUACUUUGUCAAUAGCUCACAGAAUUUCAACUAUCAAAGUAACAUAUCAUAUAAUAUUCUUAGGAUUCUGAUAUAAUCUACGUGUUUGAUAAUGGUAUGAUAGUGGAAUAAGGUACUUACAAUUACUUAGUUGGCCUCAAAUAAUUCUUUUACAGAAUGGAAAAAGGGAUAGCCAUUAAUUCAACAAAAAAUUCUUGA